CUGACAGCUCGCAUGUCAAUCGGCAGAUUUGUGGGUUCGUGGUAAAUUUUUGGGUUUUCCAAAACUUUUCGUCGUAUAAUUCAGUGAAUCUGUGUUUUUCUCCAACAAUAAAAAAUGCCACAUCCCCAGUCCGACGUGGCUGUCGGCCUGAAGAGCGUCCGUGGACAUAAAGUUACCAAAAAUGUCGCAAAAGAGCGACCAUCUCGUAUGCGGAAAUUGAACAAACAUGUGAAGUUUGUUCGCGACAUCGUCCGGGAGGUGACAGGGUUGGCGCCGUACGAGAGAAGAUGCAUUGAACUGCUGCGAGUGGGUCGCGACAAACGAGCCUUGAAAUUCCUUAAGCGACGACUUGGUACUCACCUUCGCGCUAAAAGAAAGCGGGAUGAGAUGGGACGAACUUUGACAUCGAUGAGGAAGGCCCAAGCCCACCGAACCUAAUAGAAGUCAUAACAUUCUGCUUUAGGAUGGUUUGAGAACUUUUGUUUCCGAUAUGGUUAUGCAAGUGGGAAGUGUCAUCUAUGUCGGAUUAAAGUAUAAUAAAUAUGCGCUUUUGUUGUGG